AUGGCGACGAAGCAGUACAAAACCAUCGGAGAAGAGCUCUGGAAAGGCCGCUCGGAGAAAAUCAACGCCGAGCUCUUCGCGCUGACGUACGGCGCGCUCGUCGUGCAGCUUAUCCAGGACUACGAGGACUAUGAAGAGGUGAACAAGCAGCUGGAGAAGAUGGGGUAUAAUAUCGGUACACGGCUCAUCGAGGACUUUUUGGCCAAGUCGAAUAUGGGCCGUUGUGCGGACUUUAAGGAGGUCGGGGAGGUGAUAGCGAAGGUGGGCUUCAAAUCGUUCCUCAACAUCAGCCCGGGUGUGACGCAUAGCGCGCCCCCGCCGCCGUCGUCCCCUAGUCGGCCGACAAGUACGAGCAACGCGCCGACGCCAAUCGCGCAGGCGGCGCCCGGGACGUAUUUUACGCUUACGCUGGACGAGAACCCGCUGGCGGAGUUUGUUGAGCUGCCCGAGGAGGCGCUCGAGGGUGGGUUGUGGUAUAGCAAUGUGCUGUGUGGUGUGUUGCGAGGGGCGUUGGAGAUGGUCCAGCUGCAGGUGCAGGCAGAGUUCAUCUCGGACGUGUUGCGCGGCGACGAGGCGACGGAGAUCCGCGUCAAAUUGGUAAAAUACCUCGAAGAGGAGGUGCCUGUCGGCGACGAUUAG